AUGGACGCCGAGAACAGCCAGAAGAACGUCGAGCGCCUGGCGCGUGUCCGUGAGAAUCAGCGAAAGAGUCGAGCGCGAAAGCAGGAGUAUGUCCGUGAGCUCGAGCAACGACUGGCGACAUUCAAGAAUGAAGCCCAGCAGAAAGACAUCCAGAACCGGCUGGCCAGCCAGAAACUCGAAGCGGAGAACCGCCACUUGAGGACAUUACUAGGGUCUCUUGGAAUCUCGGCGGAGUUGGUUCAACAGUACCUACAACUAGCCGAUCAAGGUACGGUGGUGAAUCGAAAAGUCGCGAUCCCCGCGAUGCAGCGACCGGCAGAGCUGCCGGUAUUAUCUCCCUCUACUUCCUCAGAGACCAACCCACGGUCAAGCUCUGCGCGCGGAAGCGCCUCAAGUACAUGUAGCACGGCAACUGAUGGCUCAACCCCGAGGGAGACUGCCGGUACACCUACGUCCUACACACCAAUAACUUACGCUCCCAAUGCUUGUGCUCCGGUUGCCUCUGCACCGAGUACUUGCGGCCCCACGAAUUGCGCGCAGAGCAGUUGCGGACCAACCAGCUGUGCACCCGUGAAAGUUGAACCGAAAGAGCCACAAUCACCUUUGCAACCACCUUUACAACAACCCUCUCAACAACCACCGCAACAGGUGUUGCAGCAGCCUCCGCAACAGCCAUCGAUCCAGCCGAAGCGCGCGAAUCCUUCCCUCUGCGAUUGCUCACCAGGCGCCCAGAUACCGGAAGGUGAUGGUGAUCUACUUAACACGACUCUUUGUGGCAUGGCGGAAGAAUUGAUCAACCAGUACAAUACCAGCGGCAUCGAUAUUGAGGAAAUUCGAAAAAGACUCUGGGCUGGAUUCAAAGCCGGGACUAGAGGGGAUGGAUGCCGAGUUGAGAACCAAGUUUUGUUCCAAGUUUUGGACGAGAUCAGUAACAGUAUUUGA